AUGAGCGCAGGGAAUGCGACAAAGAGGGCUGUUGCCAUGGUCAUCAAUGUCUCACCAGCAGCAGGUGCUUUGCUUCUGUUGGCCCUUGCAGUGUUUGCAAGGCACAAGGUGUACUCAGCAAAGUCAAAAGCAGCCUUGAGGACCAUCAAGGAUGCACACGUAUGGACCGUUCCUCCUGGCAUUGCCUUCCCUGGUUUGUUCAGGUCUGCUUCCCUCCCCAAGCGUAUCCACAGGCUGGCAUCAGAGGACACUGCCUCCUAUAGGUCACUACCUGUUGUCCUCAAUUCCAUUGAGUCAUCUUACAGUCAGAUCCCUGACCAUGUAGCUGCUGCACAACGCCCUCUGCCCCCCCUCCCACCUACCUACAGUGAGAUCCCAGAUGAUGACAGUGGACCCGUGUCUAUUUAUAACUUUGCUGUAGGGCAUUCAAACGUUGUCAGAAAACCAAGCAACCAGUACUGGCCAUGGGAGAGGCGUCCCACUCUUUAUGCUGCCACUGCAGAGCAUUCACGUUUUGUCACACAACCAAACAUCUACACUCACUGGCCAAGUGAGGGAAUCCGUAGCACACCAUGGCGUGCGUCCCUCCCUACACUACCAAACAUCUACUGGCCAUUGGAGAUCACAGGGGAGGGAACUCGAAACACUCCGACACGUGCGUCCCUUCCCUCUCUCACACUACCUAACACCUACUGGCCAUGGGAGAUCACUGGGGAGGGAACUCGAAACACGCCGAGACGAGCAUCCCUUCCCUCUCUCACACUACCUAACACCUACUGGCCAUGGGAGAUCCCAGGAAAGGGAACUUAUAGCACGCCACAGCGUGUGUCCCUUCCCCUCACACUGCCUAACACCUACUGGCCAUGGGAGAUUUCAGAGGAUGGAACCCGAAACGCAUCAAAACGUGUGUCCUUUCCCCUCGUCACUAUACCUAACACCUACUGGCCAUGGGAGAUUCCAGAUGAGGGACCCCGUAACACACCACGCCGUGCGUCCCUCCCCACCGUCACACUACCUAACACCUACUGGCCAUGGGAGAUCACUGGGGCUCGGGGACCCUGUAACACACCACAGCUUGCAUCCUCUUCCACUGUCACACUGCCUAACACCUACUGGCCAUGGGAGAUAGUAGGGGCUAAAGGACCCUAUAACACCCCUCAGCAUGUGUCCCUCCCCCUCACACUACCCAACACCUACUGGCCUUGGGAGAUCCCAGGGGAGGGGAGCUUGCAUGCGACAUGA